AUGGCUCCUUCAAAAACCGUCACAGAGGUGCCGCGGUCAAUCCUGCCUCGGUUGACCUGGAACGGCACCUCUGCCCGAACUACCGCCACUCCUCUCUCGACAGGCUACCAGUCUCAGCAACAGCGACGCAUACAAGGCUGGAACUCAGUCGCACGCCAGCUACACACCUUGGCAUUUUCUCCCUAUUCCUCCCACUUCCUCACCGCCGCCGCCUCCCGAGACCUUGGUCCCAGGCGUUCGUCGACGUCUUCCGCUCGUCGUCCGUCCGUUGGACCCAUCAAUAAUCCGGUCCGGUAUAAUGGCGUCUAUGUUGCAGUAUUCAAAUCGGCCCGGCGUGCUUUUCAUGCGACGGCGUCUCGUCAGAGGGAUCACCACUUCGACACACUGAAGUUUGUACAGCGGUUGAAGGCGGAGGGAUUCAGUGAGGAGCAGGCUGUCGCUAUGAUGAGGGUUUUGAACGAUGUUAUACAGGAAUCGAUUCAAAAUCUUACCCGGACCAUGGUCCUCAGAGAAGACUCGGAGCGAUCGACAUAUACACAGAAAGUUGAUUUCGCCAAGUUACGUUCGGAAUUACUCAACGCGGAUUCGACCGAAGCCCAACUCACACGUUCAUCGCACGAAAAAAUUGCCGCCGAUCUGGCAAAGCUCAACUCGCGGCUGCGGGACGAAAUUGGACGCACCCAGGCCUCUGUCCGCUUGGAUUUGAACCUCGAGAAAGGACGAAUCCGUGAGGAAGCCAACGGUCAGGAGAUGCGAAUCAAAGAGACGGAGACGAGAAUCGAGCAGGAGGUCGCCGGAUUGAGAGAGCGUGUGGAGGCCGUGAAGUUCUCCACAUUGCAGUGGCUCAUGGGUGUCUGCACCGGUACUGCGGCUUUGAUUCUUGGUGCCUGGCGUCUCUUCAUGUGA